UGCCUACUUUUAUCUUAUUUUGAAGGACUUCCUAGUUUAUCAUCACCAACUGUCCCCCAUUCUCAAAAUUCCCAGCAUGUGUUGUGAAUCUCAUUUGCAGUCCAAAGAGUAUAGAAACAUGAGAGUGUAUCUUUCCAUUGAAUGCCCUGGGUGAGCUCUCACUUCACCUAAAGACAGCUGGCACAGGCUCCAGAAGCAACAAUAGCUUGCAAAAGACUGUAUAGAAAUAGAAUGGAGUCCCUUGAAGAACCUGAUGCCCUCCCGCAGGCGGCCCACCGGCACAGGAAUCGGUUUCCGCCCGUUAUGCUGAAACACCCCAUAAGCGGCCAGUGAUAAGCCUGAAAGUUGUCUAAUCUACAGUGUGAUCAGGCUGUGACAUAUGGUGUUUGUAAGCUUGUGAACGGUGCCAGUCAGGCCAUUACACAGCAGGGGUUUAUGUGGGUAUCACUGAGCAUGGCUGCAUUCUCUGCGUUAUCCCCGCGCUGUUGGUCCACAGUCCGCUAAGUGACGUAGCGACACUGAGCAGCAGAUCAAGCAUGAUUAGAGGUCAGGGUGUUAAUGACGAGACCUCAGAGCUUUCUGGUGACAUGGAUGAGGGCCAGCUGGAUGUGGAGAGUUAAAAAGGGGAAAGGUGGCCAAGUAGAGAUGUUCUCUGCACCUUGCUGGACCCUUUCAUCUGCAACCACCAGCUGCUUCAGAACCUCAAAGACAGGUGAGCAAACUUCUCCGUAUUCCCCACGGGAUUUUAACCUUUAAAAAAUGCACAUAUAUGGUAACCAGGAUAAAAAUGAAGUGUAGGGUUGGCAGUCUAUUAUUCAACCAAUCUACUGUGCCAAGGAGCCUGGCAUACAGCCCAGAGGGACAGAGGAGUGGCAGGCCGGUGCGUUGCACUCUCACUCUUAUGGCCAGGGCAUCAUGGGUGCUGUUAGCUGUGAUCCUGCUGAUCUACUCGCCAGGGGCAACCUCGGCGCCCCUCCAGCACCUGUGUGGCUCCCACCUGGUGGACGCCCUUUUCUUUGUCUGUGGAGACCGGGGCUUUUUCUACAACCCUCACCGAGCCCACAAGCGGGACCUGGGAAAUCAACUUGGUUUCCUGUCUAAAAGGGCCAGACAAGAGGAGCGGCUGUGGAGGGAUCAGUCUGGCCGUGAUGAACCUAAGGUGAAAAGAGGGAUUGUGGAGCAGUGCUGCCAUAAGCCAUGCAGCAUUCACCACCUGGAGGGCUACUGCGACUGACUCUCCCACUCACCGUUCAUAGCUGGUAAAAAUAGAGGUCCCAAAGUCAACUUUCUGGCUCAAAACUUGCUGGCUAUGUCUUAUAAACUGAAGGAAAUAAAGUUUAUUAACCCAUAACCCAAAGCUCCUCUCAG